ACUUUAAACUGCGACGGAGAGUUAAACAACCGAAACCGACUUGACACGGCACCACGUGGCAGCCUUUUAUAUAACCCCCAAAAAAACGCAUCCACUCGGGCUCCGUUUAAUGACGUCACUUUAUAUUGGCUUUAUAUUCAACGGCGUUACCGCGCCGGGGCGAGAGAGAAGAAGAAGAAAAAAGCUUCUCCGCGCACAUGUCGACGCAGAGCCUCCUGCCUAAGGUCGCCGGCCGCGGCGCCGCUCGCCUUGCCAGGCGCGCGUAUGACGUCAUCGUGGUGGGCGGCGGUCACGCGGGAACGGAGGCGGCGGCGGCCUCGGCGCGCGUAGGGGCCGACACGCUCCUCGUCACCCAGAAGACCCAAACCAUCGGGGCCCUUUCCUGUAACCCGUCUCUGGGUGGGGUGGGGAAGGGCCAGCUGGUGAAGGAGGUGGACGCGUUGGAUGGUUUAUGUGGGAGGGCGGGGGACUGGGCCGGGAUCCACUUCUCCAUCCUCAACCGCAGUAAGGGCCCCGCUGUGUGGGGCCCCCGGGCCCAGCUGGACCGCCAGCGCUACAGGCAUUUCAUCCAGAAAGAGCUGUUGUCCACCCCCAGGCUGACGGUGUUGGAGGGCUCGGUAGAGGAGUUGCUGGUGUCUGAACAGGACCCACAGAAGCCUGGACUGCACAGAGUCACUGGGAUCCGUCUGUCGGACAACAGCCUCCCCAUCUCAGCCCGGUCAGUGGUGCUUACCACUGGUACCUUCCUCUCUGGUUCCCUCUUCAUGGGCCAAACCACCUCUCCGGGGGGGAGGAUAGGAGACCCUCCAUCCAGCGCUGGUCUCUCCCACACGCUGAGGGAGACGCUGGGCCUAAGGCUGGGCAGAUUGAGGACCGGCACUCCUCCCAGGAUUGUUAAGGAUUCGGUCGACUUCUCUCUGGCCCAGAUCCACUUACCUGACCAGCAACCCACCCCCUUCAGUUUCCUCAACAAGCACACACACUGCAAGCCAGAGGACCAGCUGCCCUGCUUCCUGCUUCACACCACAGCCGGAGUGGAGCACGUGGUAAGAGAGAGCCUUCAUGUCAACACACAUAUCCAGCAAGACACCAAGGGCCCCAGGUACUGCCCCUCCAUCGAGUCCCGGGUUCUGCGCUUCCCUGGCCGACGGCACCAGGUUUGGCUGGAGCCUGAGGGACUGAACUCGGACCUCUUAUACCCUCAAGGUCUGUCCAUGACCAUGCCCCCGGACAUGCAGCUCCGCCUACUCAGGGAAAUCCCUGCCCUAUCCAAGGCUGAGAUCCACACGCCUGGUUAUGGGGUCCAGUAUGAUUUUGUUUGCCCCACCCAGUUGAACCCCAGCCUACAGGUAAAAAGCACCCAGGGUCUCUUUCUGGCAGGGCAGAUUAACGGGACCACCGGCUACGAGGAGGCUGCUGCUCAGGGCUUGUGGGCGGGAGUUAAUGCUGGUCGCUCAGCCCUUUCCCUCCCUCCCGUGACUCUGUCUCGAACAGAGAGUUACAUCGGGGUUCUCAUCGAUGACCUGGUGAGUCGUGGGGUGACCGAGCCCUAUCGCAUGUUCACCAGCCGAGCUGAGUUCAGGACCUCUCUGAGACCAGACAACGCCGACCUCCGACUCUCCCUGAAAGGGUUUGAGGAGGUGGGCUGUGUGUCGUCCCAGCGCUACAAGGAGGCUGUGAGAGUCAGGGACAGCCUCCAGGAGGCGCUGUCGGCCCUACAGUCUCUGUCCUUGUCCUCGAACAACUGGAGAAAAGCAUUUAGCUUCAACAGCAUCAGUGAAAACAAGAAUGCCAGACUGAACGGUAUGGAGCUGUUACAAUACAACGAUGUGUCAUUUGAAAAGCUGGCCUCUGCUUUCCCAGAAUGCCUUUCAACUUACCUUGAAUUCUCCCAAAGGCUCAAAAUAGAAGUGAUCUACAGACCCCACUACGAGACGCAGAGGAAAGACAUCGAGAGAAUCCAGAGAGAGGAGAGUCUGUCUCUCCCCCAGGAUCUGGACUACUUCUCCCUACCAGCGUCACUGUCUCAAGAAGUCCGUGAGAUUCUGGACCGAGUGCGACCGAGCACUCUUGGUGCUGCAACUCGUCUCCCUGGGAUGACACCAGCUGCCAUCGUUCAUCUCCUCAACUAUGUUGUGAGAGCUGGACAGCGGGCCUAACAGAACUGGACCAGGGGCGGGGGAUGAGCUGUGUGCUGAGAGAGGGAGGACAUGACAGAGGACACAAUGGGGAGUUGCUGGCAGAGGAACUUGAGCUCAGAGAAAUAAGGAUUCUAAAAUAACCGUUUGUUAAAAAAAUAAGUCUAUUUUAGAAAAUGUACAAAAAUAAUAAAAGUAUUGUAGGAAUAACUGUACAGUUUUCAGUUUGUAGAAAAGGUGAAAUGAUUCUCUACUGUACAGAAGUACAUUUCCAACUGAAUAAAUGUUAAGAAUGAUUCCGUAA